AUGGACGUUCACAGCACCUUCUCCACCCUCCACCUCUCCGUGUCAGAGCUCUCUCCUGGCAGCUAUUUACGUCGAGGCCUUCUUGAUAACCUCUCCUGCCGACCCUCGUCACAUUUAGGCUCCAACAGAAAGCGUGUCGAGGCCGAAACUGUCACCCGGCAGGCAGAUACGAGUGAAGGCGGGGAAGUUCUCCUCUGCUGGAGUUUGACACAUAAACUGGAGGAUGUGGAGAAAGCUAAUCCUUCAAGCGCUGGCUGUCUGAAAAGCUCUUCGGUAGUUGCAUGUCUUUUCAUCUCCAACCGCAGCCAGGAUGUGUCUGACAAUAAGAUGGCAGCAGAUGAUAUUUCUGACAACAGUGAACUCUUGAAGCUCACAGUGGAAGCAGGAUCCAACCACAGUUCUGAUAAUCCCAGAGACUGUAUCUGCACAGAGAAGCACUGUAACCACAAGCUGCUGUUUGACCUCGCCCAUCGGGUAAAGUACAGAGGCAGCAGCUGCACCGCAGGGGCCGAGGCAGCAGUGGUUUUGCUUUUCACCCGCAGCAGGCCCGUUGCGAAUCAGGGGAAAAGGAAGUCAGAAGCUAAAGAUAUUACUACAGAGCAAACACCAGCUCAGAGUGAGAAGGAAAAGGAUGUCAGGAUUUAUGCAGAACGGCAGGUGCAUCCCACAAAUAAAGACAUAAUCUUCACGGUUGUCACUGAUAUACCUGAUCCUGUAAAAUUCCUCUGGGACUUCGGAGAUUCCAAAGUAGCCAGAACCGGAUUAAGGACCAUCACAAAAAGAUACCACAACCCCGGACGCUACAAUGUGGUAGCGGCUGCAUCUUGGGAGACAAGAUGGGGUCAAAUGUCGGUCACCUCUGAUGUGUUUCCCAUUGAGACUCAGAGAGUUGUGAAGCUCAGCAGGCUGGAUCACCAGGCCUCGGUCUUAAGGAAUCGGACUCUCACAGUAACAUGCAGAGUCAAGGUCGGGACCAACCUCACCUUCAUCUGGAGCUUCGGAGAUGGAACAACCAGACCGGGGCUGAGCACAACACGUCAUGUCUUCCACAGGCUGGGAGAGUUUACAGUCAAAGUGACUGCGUCCAAUCUCAUCAGUUCUGCGUCUUUGAGCAGCCACGUCUUUGUUGUGGAGCGGCCGUGUCGACCUCCACCUGUCAAAAACAUGGGUCCGCUGAAACGUCAGUUUCAGAGACAUGAAGUUAUCCAUCUGGGUGUGACAUUUGAGUCAGAUGUGGAGUGUGACAUAUCAGAGGGCCUUCGCUACUCCUGGACUUUACUUGGUUCUGGAGGCCGGAUCAUUCAUUUGCCUCACACAGACACACAAAGACAAAGCCUGCUUCUUCAGAGCCAUUUCCUGCAGUAUGACACCUACAUGGCCAUAGCGAGAGUUCAAGUUAUUGGCAGUGUGGUGUACAGCAACUAUACUGUGGCUUUCCAAGUGAAACCAAGCCCUCUGGUGGCGUUCAUCCAGGGGGGCACCAAUGUCUUUAUUGGCAAAACAAGCAGCAAUGUGGUCACCCUGGAUGGACAGAAAUCCUACGAUCCAGACUUCCCUAAGAACCCUCUCAGGUACAGUUGGACAUGCAAACCAGUUUCGAGCAUCACCAGCUCCUGUUUUGACCAGGACAUUCCCACUUCAUCCCCGGUGCUGGAAUUCCCUCCCAGUUUGCUGAAGCCCAAGUUUGACCAGUUCCACUUCACGCUUUCAGUCUUCAGCGGAGAGCGUUCGGCUUCAUCAGAGGCUUUCCUCACAGUCGCUUCACACCUCACUGGGAAGGUCUCCGUUUUCUGCCGUCACUGCCAGGGAGAUCGUAUGAACUGGGAUCGGUCUUUUUCCAUCCGUGCACUUUGUGAGGACUGCAACAUUCACAGUGAACUCAUUCAGUACACAUGGAGUCUUUACCUGGUCAACGCUUCAUCCAAACCCAUCACAGAAGUCCCGUUCUGUUACACAGUAGAUCUCAGCUCCCCUUCAGCAAUCCUGGAGGAUCCCACCACAUCCACCCUGACUCCUGACAUGUCAAAGGAAAGCAGAGACAAACCAGAUCAAUCCGAUUUGUCCAGGUCUGGGUUUUCCUAUACGUCUGUCCUUGAGCAGGACAGUAGACUGGCUUUAGGCCACAUCGGACUCAGUGGCAUUUCUAGAGAAAUCCAAAGUGAGUCCUCUGCCGACUGGAGAUAUGCUUUUCCUUUAAUGGAGGCCGAUGAUGCAACACAUCAACCAGUCAGUUCAGCAACAGGUUCUGAGGAUUAUGAUGCUCUGUAUCCAAGUGUGGAAGAAGGAGAUUCAGGGGUGUCAUCAGGAAGAUCUCAUGGUACAGAUACUGAGCACUUUAGUCCAAUUGAUAACUCGGAGUCUGAUCUGAAUGAGGGAAGUAACCUGGUGGAUCCCAAACCUUCUGUAGCGAUUCAGGAGCCAACUUUGCUUGACUUCCACCGAGAAGCAGUAGAAACAGGCCUAUUUGAGUCCUACACUUACACAGGAAUUUCCUCCACUUCGCUGAUUUUCAGGCCCUUCAGCCUGAAGCCAAGAAGCAUUUACAUGUUGCAGGUCACUGCCAAGUCUCAAAAUAAUAGGAUCGGUCAGACUCAGCUGUUCCUAAAAACAAACCCGGUCCCAGAAGGUGUGAGGUGCCAGGUUCAGCCAGUCGAAGGGAUGGAGUUACACACUCCCUUCAGCAUCUUCUGCACCUCAGGACAGGAGGACUUAGAGUACAAGUACAGCUACAGUGUAGGAGGAAGAACCCCCAGGACGAUGUACCAGGGAAGAGACUUCCUGUACUACUUCAGCCUGCCCUCUGGUGACCCCAGAGAUGACCAUGAAGUAAAAAUCUACACUGAAGUCAGAAGCAGCAGCUCUGGAUCAGCCACCAAACCGUGUCCUGUCGCCGUCCGGGUCAGACCAAGCUUCAUCGGAAACAACUCGUCCUCUUCGCCGACUCAUCGUGAUCCUGCUCUGAAGCUCUCAGAGAGUCUGAGGAACUUGUCCACGUUAGUAAGGCUCGGGAAUCCUGUUGAGAUCCGUAACUACGUCAGCCUCCUGACCAGUGUCCUGAACAAACUGGGCCAGGAUGCUGAGGCUGACACACACGCACAGAGACACACUCGCAAUGUGCUCAUUCACACUUUAUGUGAUUUCAAGGGGAGUGAUGAGAAAUCAGUUGCUGACAGCGUCAUUAUUCUCAAUGAGCUUCUGCAAGUUACUAAUCAGGUGACAUUCAUGAGCGUCAGACAUGUAGCAACAUUCGUCCGGUCUGUGUCAGAGCUACUUCCUCAGUUUAGUGCCAACCAGAAGACACUCCAUAGUCUGAUCAACUCUGUGUCAUACUGCCUCCAGGUGGUCACAAAGUCAGGAUCAACCACAGCACAAAACACAAAGGAGUCUGAAAAUGCACCUGAUAGCUGCGCACAGAAUUCGCCCACUGGCCCUCACCGCCAACACGGAGGAGCGGUUACAGCAAACCGGCCGGGGCGGCUUGUGGAGGAGAUUCUGCAGAUUGCAGCAGACUUGAUCCUGAGGGAUGUUUUGCCCCAUGAGGCCAAGCAGCACAGAGUCGCCGCCGGCCUUGUCGACCUUCUCGCUUCAUUCCAAAACCGAACCUCUCUGAUCGUUAGGAGCGGCUUCACCACCGUCCGCCUGCCUGCUGCUCUGAUCCGGAGCGUGUUUGGGCUUCACGCCGGAAGGGCUCGACUCGGGGAGCAGCAAUCCUGCAUCUUCAGAGUGCUGACUCAGCUUGACCAUAACCUUUGCCCCCAAGACGCACAACUUAAAACGGGGGGAUAUUCUACUCUCGCCUCCUUCUCCCAGCUGACCGGACCGGUGGUGGAUUUCAGUCUGUUUAAGUGCAACAGGAGAAAAAUCCAGAUUCUCUCCCUCCCUCAGCCAGUCAACAUUGAAAUCCAACUUCCACAAAGAAAUGAGAGCUCUACCGGUCGGUAUGUUCUCCUUCGUAACCAGAUCAGCUACCACAACUUCAGCAUCAGCCAGCAGCUCCUGCAGCAGGCCAUCCAGAUCACUGUGGCGUUCACACCGCUGCCCAGCAAGCCUUUUCCCAUCAUGCUUCUCUUCAGGAUGUUGGAGAGGCCAACUCUCAGCAUGCACCACCUGAAAAGGAUUCACCAGUGGGAGCAAAACACCAUACGUAUAACUCUGCCCCCUUCCUAUCUCGGUGCUGCAGGCAUUGCCCACAUGGCUUUGCUGGAUGCCGAGUUUGCAAGAUUACGUAGAAGCAAGCUGCAAAGCGAACAGGUAAGCUACAGUGUGACGGUGGUCAGCAGUCUGUGUUUGUCCUGGGAUGGACAGCAGGGGUCCUGGACGCACCACGGCUGCAGGACACAGCAAUCGGAUGCGUCUUCUGCGGUGAGCUGCAGUUGCUACCAGCUGAGGCCACUGACUGUGUUUCAGCAGCAGAUUCAGAUCAACCAGGUCACAGGAGAUCUGGAUCCCUUCCUCAGUGCAUCCAGUGAUCCAGUUGUGCUCAGUACUCUGGCGGUUCUGCUGGUCCUGUACAUCCUGGGGCUGGUCUGGUCAGAGAGAGCCGACGUUUUGUCCAAGGAGAACCAAAGGCUCUACUUUCUUCCUGACAACAACCCAGCAGAUCCGUACCUCUACGCUGUUUGCAUUCACACUGGUCUCUGCUCUGCGGCCCGUAUGAGUGCAAAAGUUUACAUGGUGCUGCAUGGUGAAGACGGCAUCUCACAAACAAAAGAACUUCAAGUUCCAGGGUGCACUCUGUUUAGAAGAAACACAAAAGACACCUUCAUACUGAGUGCGGCCGGCAGCCUGGGCCCGGUGUGGGGGGUUCAUGUCUGGCACGACAACUCUGGAGAUUCCCCCGACUGGUACCUCAAACAAGUGGUGGUGUCAGAGGUGCAUAGAGGGCCAGUGGCGGCGCGCUCGUGGCUGUUUGACAGUGAACGCUGGCUGUCUGUGAACGAGGGCGACGGUCAAGUGGAGAGGAAGCUGCGCGUCCGCUCUGGGGAAUCGCAUCCGGUGAAGAUGCUGUUUCUCACGUUCUUUGACUUCUUGGCUGAUUUUCACAUGUGGCUUUGUGUGUACAGCUGCCCCAGCCCCAGCUCACACACACACACUCAAAGACUUAGUGUUUGCCUGCUUCUCCUGUUGGGGUAUGCGUGUGCCAACACUGUCAUCAUAUCGCAUAUAGACGAUCAGCUGCCAUUUGAGGUAGGCGUCGUCGAUGUGUCGGCUGUUUCUGUCGCAACCGGACUUCAAAGUGUGGCGGUCGUGUUGCCUGUAGCAGCACUCAUAUCUUUCCUGUUUCGACUGACUGGGAACACACGGUCAGGAUUAGAAAUUCAACGUGCAAAUUGCGAAAAAACUCCACAGGAUGAUUGUCAGGAAACCUUUUCAGCAGAUGACAGUGAGGUGGAUUAUCAUCUGUCCUUGGAUGGCCGCUGGAGGUGGAAGCAGGAGGCCUUGAAGAAAAAAUACCAGGAUACAGACAUCAACUCGAUUUCCUCCAUUCGGGAAAAUAAAGGCGCGGAUGAAGAGUCUGCAAUCCAGACAAGAAAUGACGACCUGCUGCAAAAACUGCCUCUGACUUCUAGAGGAAGAGCUAAAAGAUGUAUACCUGGGGAGGAACGGUUAAAAAAUUGCUCAGAAAGAAGAAAUGCCGGGCAGCCCAAACAAAAAAAACUCAGGACACCAUCGUUCUGGUGUCACUCUCUGAACUGGGCGCUCUGUGCACUGCUGUCUCUCUCCUGCUUGAUGGUCACAGCUAAAAAUGGAAUGAGAUUCAGCAGCAGCCAGGUUGUGCUUUGGAUACACUCUCUUUGUGUUUCUCUUUUGGGCUGUAUGUUCUUCAUCCAACCAGUUGUGAUAUUUGGCAUGACAUUGACUGCCUGCUUUUGGCACAAGAAAGCAGCAGACUGCCAUUGUUUUUUCAGCAAGAAAGAUCUUGAAGAACCUGAGCGGUUCAUAAAGUCUGGUCUCCGUGAGAAGACGUCCUCAUCCAUGGAAAAGCUGCUCAGGGCUCACCACCUGCGUCUCGCUCGCCCGCCGGCUCCAGCAGAGCUGAAGAAAACUUGUGGAAAGAGGAGGAGAGAGGCUCUAAUUCAGGAAACACUCAGGAAUUUCUCUUCCUGCACCAUUAUGCUUCUCCUGACGGUGUGUAUAAUCUCUGGCAGCUCAGUGAAAGAACAUCAAAAUCUCAACAAGUCCAUAAAGAGACACUUUAUGAGACACAGUUUCACGUUGAGCUCCAUAAAAACAUACGAGGACUGGUGGAAGUGGACACAGUCCAGUCUGCUCGACUACCUGUACCAGAAUUCAUCAGCAAAACCCGAGCAGCCGCAUGUAGUCAUCGGGGAGCCCAUCAUGCAGAAGACAGAUGGCUCCAGCAUAUUUCAGGAUCCUGUGCUGACAAAUCCACUGACAUGUGAUCACCCGUAUCAAGAGAAAGCUCCUACAGUCAGUUUAGGCCACACAAAGUCUGAAGCUGCAUCGAAACUCAAGAUUUUGAAGUCAAGCAGCUGGAUGAGCCGAUGGACGGUGGCCCUGAAGGUUCAGUUCACCUUGUACAGCCCUGCUCCUCACUUGUUUAGCAGUGUGAGUCUGAUCUCUGAGCAGAGCCCUGAUGGCGUACUGCUGCACUCCGUCAAAGUCCAGUCAGUGAGGGUGUUACACACUCCUACCCCAUGGGACUAUGUCACCACGGUUUUCAAGCUCCUCUUCCUGUUCUUGAUUCUACUGCAAUCCUACAAUCAGGUGUCCAUUGUUGCACAGCAAGGACUGAUGGGAUGCAGGAGAAGACCUUGGAUGUGGCUGGAUGUCAGUCUGCUGCCAGUGACUCUAAUCUGUUAUUUCUGUUCGAUCUAUCACUCCACCAUGAUCAUGGAAGUUGUGAGUUUGCUGCAGAGCCAACACAGGGGGCGUAUUGACGUUAGCGCUGCGGCUAGCUGGGAACAGAAUGUUCGGACGCUGUGGGGGGUUGUCCUCUUCCUCCUGACCAUAAAGUGUGUGACUCUGCUUGGAACGAACAGAACAUUAAGUUCUUCAGCUGCAGUUCUUUCACAGACACUCUCCAGCCUCUUUUGGCCUGGGGUUUCAGGCCUGAUCCUGCUGCUGGCGCUGUCCUGUUCGGGUAACUUGCUGCAUGCAGGAAGCUGCUGGCCUUUCCGCUCGGUUCCUCACUCCCUGCAGACUCUGCUCUGUCGUUACCGUGGGCUCCAGGUCAAAAAGAACCGCCUCCGCUCAGGACAGGAUUUCUCUCACUGGGCCGUUCUGCUUCUGACAAAUACUGCUGUGCGGACAGCAAUGGUAAUUGGGGUGAUCUCCUUAUUGGUGAAAAUGGCUAGAAGACCUCAGAGCAGGAACAUUACUUUUACCACAGGGGAACUAUUAAGCUACUUAAGAAUGAAGGUGUCUGAACUCAUAGGACAGCAAAAACCAACAAGGAUGGAUGACUAUGAUAAAAAAAGGACAUGUGGUCUUGAGGAGUUGGAGAGCUCCAUAGAUGAACUGAUGUUCAGACUCGACGUCCUUUCCAACAGCACGGACCAAACCCACCGCUGCAGAGACGGGGACCGCACUGUCCUCCCAGCCUCCCCGCAGUCCUCCAACAUGGACACGCAGGAAUGUCUGAGGUCACAGACUGUGGUGAAAACACAGAAAACGAGGAAUGAAACAACCCAAGACUCACAGGAAAAAACAAGCCCUGCAGCUCGCCUGUUCAGGACCGAGGUUGAAGAACAAAGUAUCCAAAGUAUUUCAAAUGAGUCAUUAAAAAUUAAAAACUGGAUGGCAUCCCCAGAGUCGACCUCCUCCGAAAGGCUUCAGUCAGAAGAUAUUUGUGAGAAACGGUCUGAGCUGCAGGCUGGAACAAAUCACAGCUGCUGGUUUACUGCAACUCAGUAUAAGUUGGUGGAGGUUCUGGUCCAUAAGGAGCCUGAACCAGGAGAACUAUAAUCCAUUAUUGUUGUGUAAGCGACUCUGGGAGAGAAACUUCUCCAGCAGUUGCCAUCAGUUGUU